AUGAAAUCCUUUAGUAUCAGAUGGCUUUUCGUGCAAAAGACGGAUGAUUUCAUAGAUGAGUCUAACUUGGAACAUGCUAACUGGAUUGACAGUCGUGACGACACCCAGACAACGGGAGUGUGUGACCUCUGGCUCCACGACAGAGAUCAUUCUCUAAUGAGUUCAGACAUCAUUCUUGAAUCCGAUUCAGAUCUACUGAAACAAAUUUGGUGCCAGAGGGUGCGUGAAGCAGCUGGCGGCUACUCCGACAGCGUUUGCCCUGCCUCAGAGUAA